GGCGCGUAGGCAAGGCGGUCUCUACAUUUCCCAGCGCGGAUAGUCGCCGUGUCGGAACAGGCUCGAACGCGGGUGCCGGGGCAGCAGACGGGGGCAGCGUGGGCAGGCAGGAGAAGGGAGCGACCAAGCGAACGCGCGACGCUCGCAUCUCGGGCGACAUGAGCUUUGCGGAGUACGGCGCGCGGGUGCGCGACGGCGACACGGUCAUCCUCUACCUGGGCCACGACGCGCUGCUGCCUGUGCGGGCCAAGGCCGGCGCCGUCACGCAGACGCGCUUCGGCGCCGUGCGCCACUCGGACGCGCUGCUGGGACGCCCGUUCGGCUCGCGCGUGGCUUGCGGCCGCACGGGCGGCUGGGCCUACGCGCUGCACCCGACGCCCGAGCUUUGGACGCGAUCGCUGCCGCACCGCACGCAGAUCCUCUACAGCACCGACAUCGCCAUGGUGACGCUCAUGCUGGACCUGCGGCCUGGAUCGGUGGUGUGCGAGUCCGGCACGGGGAGCGGCUCGCUGUCGCACGCGCUGCUGCGCACCAUCGCGCCCUCGGGCCACCUGCACACGGUGGAGUUCCACGAGCAGCGAGCGGCCAGCGCCGCCGAGGAGUUUGAGCGGCACGGCGUGGGGCGGCUCGCCACCGUGCGCUGCCGGGACGUUUGCCGCGAGGGAUUCGGCGUCGCCGGCGUAGCCGACGCCGUCUUCCUCGACAUCCCCUCGCCCUGGGAUGCUGUCCCCCACGCACGCGACGCCAUGAAGACCUCGGGCGGGCGCAUCUGCUCCUUCUCCCCGUGCAUCGAGCAGGUGCAGCGCACGUGCCAGGCGCUCGCGGGGCUCGGCUUCGUGGAGCCCUCCACCCUCGAGGUCUUGCUGCGCCCGCUCGACGUCCGCACCAUCAACCUGCCGGUUCCGGACCUGGGGCAGGGGGGCGUCCGGGCGUCCGGCGAUGGGGGGGGGCGGCCCCGUGCCCCGCACGCCGUGCCCGUGGGGGUCGUGGACAGUGCGCGGGGGGUUUACAGCUUCAAGGCGGGCUGCCCCCCCAGGGAGAUGCCGGGACAUACCGGGUACCUCACCUUCGCCACGCUUCCUCCGGCGGCAUAGCCGGCGUCACAAGAUCAGCGGCAACGAACUUCUCCGCUUAUUUUUUUUCAUAUUUUUUUUCAUUUUUUUUUCUAUUCCACACCCUCCCUCGCCUCGUGCAUUGACGGGCACAGAUCAACAUUUGGACGCUCCGGGGAAUGUCUCCGCCUCUAGAACUCGAGAUGGUCCCCGUCGCGUCGCUGUGUGCGAGCGGUGAAAGGCAGGGCUCGCCUCCUCGAGCUGCGGUUCGAUUCAGCGUGGUUGCCGUGGUUGCCGUUGUUGCCGCGGUUGCCGUGGUUGCCGUGGUUGCCGUGGUUCGCUGCCGCUUGCUCGAGUUGAACGGCAGCGCCGAGAAUCUGCUGGGCAAGGAACCUCGGCACCACCUGCCGCUGCCACUGCCGCCCAAUUGGACUCUCGAUGCUUCCACCCUCGCUCCUCCGUGCCCCCUAAUCCAAAAGCUAACCCGCAACCUGAACCCUCACCCUCGGCGUGUGAGCCGCCCUCGUUGAGCUUGUAAAAAACACGCGGGUGGCGGAGGGUGGGCGUGGUGGGGGGGGGGCGGCUGCGUGCUUCGUCCCCCGCGCUGUUGAUUGCCGUUUAUCGGUGCAACCAGGUGGUCACCGUGCCUCGCUCGGCUGCGGAGGUCACGCGCUGGGGAGAGGGGCGUGAAGGGGGUUUAAAUUUAGGUUUGCCGAGCGUGGCGCCGACCUCCGAGUCGAACUCGGAUCCCGGUGCGGUGCGGGUGUUGCGCAACGGCCGCCCGCGCGCGGGGGGCUGCCAAGUAGGUGGCACGUCGGGACGGGCACGGCGGGGUGCGCUGGGGGGGGGGGGCACCACAAUGCAGAUAAAAAUACCCGUGCCCUGGCGGCGCAGCUGUUGCCGCUCGUUAGCCCGCGCUGUAAGUGGCGGUAUUUUAUAAUUACAUUUUUUUGUUCAAGGAGGGAGCUAUAGCAGUGUGCGUUGGGUUAGUCGCGAGUGUGCCUCCUGUUUCGUUUGUACAGUAAAUGUUUUUCUUUUUAGAUUUCCAGAGGCGCACCCCAUUAGAAACUGCCGACGACGUAAUUUCAUCGUGCCGGGAUGCACCUGCGCCCUCCAGUUUGGAGAACUCUUAACUGAGUAGUUUUUUUUUUAAACUCGUGUUUUAUUUUAAUGCAACAAAAUAUAAACGAUUUGUCCUUCUCUGCAAUUUUGUCCAGAUUGUGCUUUUGGUGUUGUGUCUUGAGACAAAUCCGUUUGGGCCCGUGGAAGUGGAAAUUGUAGAAUUGCUGCUGAGAAGCCUCUUCAGAUGACCUUCACUCUACACAUUGGGGCGCAGCGUUUUCACAUCCACCCCGCUUGACAGAGCAAUGAGCAUCGCAUGAGAGUCAAAUGGAUAUUUAUUUAACUCGCAGAGUUGAAAUUCAACAAAAUUAGGUGCAAGCCCAAAUUUAAUGUGAGGAGUCUUUUUUUGUGCAGUCAUUGGUGAACUGGACUUACAUCAUCAACUCCGCCAUGCUUGGGAGCGCAGUUUAACAGUUCAGUCACUAGCAGCGACCUCCAUUCGUACCCAAAGUCACAGCUUAGCUCAGCACUUUGACCUCUUGAGCCACUUGGGUUUCUCAAAAUAUGGCAUUUUGUAAGUGACAAGCCCCCUGAAGUUUUGCAUACGACCACAGUAACCGGUUGCCGUGCUCGCUAAUCAACGAGCGGCCCGGGGCUCGUGCGUGCGUGCGCGUGUGGUUGCAUUUAAGACUUUGGCCCUGGGACAUUUUUCCCGUGU